AGAGGCUAUGAGCUGUGUUGGUCCUCUUGAAUGUUACUCGUUUUAGCAAGGCACAGUGUGUACACCUUUACGAAAGGAUGAUUAAAGUGUAGUAGUAGUGGUGCUGCUAUGCUGUUUGGAGACGCUGCAGGGUGUAGAUUUUAAACAGGUUCAUUCUUAUUGCUUGAAUUUUAUUCUUGUAUCUAAAUAUUCAGCAGUGUUGGCUAGCGAACUAGGCUAACAGUCUCAUGCCAGGUGUCACCAUGUCAAAGCAGCCGCUGGGGAAGACCUUGCUGAGGAAUGUAAUCCGCCACACAGAUGCCCACAACAAGAUCCAGGAAGAGAUGGAGAUGUGGAAAAUGCGAGACUGGGAGGUCCAAAUGUCCCACCACAAACAUUUAUCAGAUACGGAGUGUGUGAGGGGGCGUAUGCACUGCGAUCGAAGCAGAGAGCGAGUCACUGAACAUGACGACAGAGAGGCUCGAUACUGGACUCGCAAAUUGUAUGAAUUUGAGGACAAAGAUCCUGACAGGUGGGGACACAGUGGCUUUAAGGAGCUUUAUCCUGAGGAGUUUGAAAGUGAUGGUGAAAAAAACCCUUCUACAAAGAAGAUUGGGCGCCACAAAAUAAAAAAAUCAAAGUCUGACACAGAAGCAAGCUUAUCAAAACACUCCAAAAAAUCUUCUCGAAAGAAGAAAAAGAAAAAGAAGAAGAAAGACGAGGAAGAAAAGCGAAGAAAGGCGAAGUCCAGCAGUGAUGACAGCACUGAUGGCAGCAGCACUACCAAAGACAAGCAGAGGAGAAAAAGGACUAAAAGUCGUCAUAAAAAUAAGAAAAGUGCAAAAACCAGAGGGAGAGGUGAUGACAGCGGCUCAGGGAACAGUGAUGAUGAAGGAGAAGGGGACAGACGGACUCACAGUCGCAAAAAGCGAAAACAGGACUCCCACAAAGACUCAGACUCAGGGCCAAACUCAAAAAAGAAGAGGAGGAAAAACUGGAAAGCAGCAGCUGAGCAGAGCUCAGAUGAUAGUUCAGCUGACUGACAUGCACGGACAUGGAUAGACUCACAGCUCAGGUAACGACCAGGAAAACUGCUGCAGGUUCCUUAGUUCUCCUUAACUGCACAGAAGGCUUUUCUCUGCAGGGCUGUUCUGUAUUGUACUUUGUUAUACAUCAACAAACCUGUGCUGUCGGCCCUCUCGGUGGGCGUUCUGUGCAGCAAUAUGUCAUCACCUCUGCAGUGGCUUGAAGCACAUUGUACAGCAGUGCAGGCAGCGUGAAGAGAGGUGGUGGGGUAUCCACCACCUGCCUCAUGAAGUAUUCUGUCGGCUGCGGGCUCAUUGAUUGAUCACUGACUCUUGCCUCAGACUGUCAGUCUCGCAUGGAGACCCUCUGUCCCGAAAUGACCACCAUUUUGUUUUUUGUUUUUUUAAAUUUAGUUUAAGGAAUAAAAAAAAAAGUCAAAAUAUGCAAUUUUUCUCAACAGUUAUGAUAUAAUGUGCAUUUUAUCCAGGUUUUUCAAUUUUGUACAUUUUAAUAUUUGUAUGCAGGAAACUGUCAUGAGUGAAAAAUAAAAAAUCUGUUUUGCUGUU